AUGUCUGGUGAAGAGGCGAGGGUAAAGGCGGUUGCAGAGAUCGUGAGCCAGCUUGUCCAUGGCGUAACAGGAGGCAAGAUGGUGAACCUCAAUCAGAUCAAACAAGGGGUUGCAAAAAAGUACAGCUUGAGCCGAGCCCCCAAGCUUGUGGAAAUUAUUGCUGCAGUCCCAGAGGAAUAUCGCUCAAUCCUCUUGCCUCAGUUGCGUGCAAAGCCUGUGCGAACAGCAUCAGGGAUAGCAGUGGUCGCAGUGAUGUCCAAGCCUCAUCGCUGCCCCCACAUUGCCACAACGGGCAACAUCUGUGUAUACUGCCCUGGGGGACCAGACUCGGACUUCGAAUACAGCACCCAAUCCUACACAGGGUAUGAGCCCACCAGCAUGCGAGCCAUUCGGGCCAGGUACAACCCUUAUGUUCAAGCAAGAAGCCGAGUGGACCAGCUCAAGAAAUUGGGACACAGUGUGGACAAAGUAGAGUUCAUUUUGAUGGGGGGCACAUUCAUGUCAUUGCCAGUUGAUUAUAGAGACUACUUUACCAGGAAUCUGCACGAUGCUCUUUCAGGCCACUCUUCAAGCAGCGUGGAGGAGGCUGUCAAGUUCUCAGAACAAAGUCGGACAAAGUGCAUUGGCCUCACCAUCGAAACACGGCCAGACUUUUGCCAGGUUCCGCACCUCACCCAGAUGUUGUCCUAUGGCUGUACUCGACUUGAAAUCGGAUUACAGAGCAUCUACGAAGAUGUUGCUCGUGAUACAAACAGAGGUCACACUGUGGAUGCUGUGAAACAUUGUUUCAGAUUAGCAAAGAAUGCUGGAUUCAAGGUGGUUGCUCACAUGAUGCCAGACUUGCCCAAGGUUGGAUGGGAGCGUGAUAUUGAAAGCUUCCACGAGUUUUUUGAGAACCCAGAUUUUCGAAGUGACGGUCUCAAGAUUUACCCCACUUUGGUGAUCCGUGGGACAGGCUUGUAUGAACUAUGGAAGAAAGGACUGUACAAAAACUAUCCCCCGGAGAAGGGACCAUGA